GGAGUUUUAAAAAAUAUAAUAUUGCCAUAAUUAAGCCCUCCUCCCCUUACUCUUCACUUAAAAAUGUCAAAAAGAACCAUUGCAGCUAUAAUUAAAGAUUUGAAAACAAAAGUUAAUUAUAGAGAUGAAAAGCCGAGUAAAUCCAAAUUAUGUCAAACUAUAAAACAAUCGCCUAAUUCAAUAGAAGCGAAAUUAGUAACAAGCCCUCACGCGGCUAUAUUAUCAUCGCCAUUAAGAUAUUGUUCUUUUUCUGGUCGUAUGCUUCCUUCAGAAUUACUACUUCGAUUCAGUACUGCCUGGCAUCCGCAAACAAAGCUUUAUUGGGCCUUCCCAACAAUAGGAGCAUCAAAGCAAGGAUUUGGAUAUUAUGUAAAGCUUGAUAGAAAAAUUUUGAAUGAGCUAGAAAAAGGAGCUUACAAGAGUCUUUUUAGAAGUAAUUCAAUUGCUUUUAGAAAAGAUAUGAUAGAGCAUACAGAAAAUAUGUUAAAGAAGCAGACUUUUUUGGAAUUUACAAAACAUCCUAUUCAUAUUUAUGAUACGUUUUCAAUGAAUGCUUUACAGCAACAGAGAACAUCACUCACAAAUUACCAAUGUGUUUUAAUACUAGAUUCAAAUAUAAAUGAUGUUCAUAUAAAGUUAGAAGGCCAACAACAAGUACCAUAUUACUAUAUGCAGCAAUUCUGGUCCAAAGAGCAGAUUGAAACUAUUAGAGCUAAACUGCCACCUUCAACUACUAUGUUAGGUGUACCUAAAUGUUUAGAAACAGUACGACUGGCUAUUGAUUUAUGGCGUUGUAAGCAAAUACUUAUAACAUAAAGUUAUUUAUUUAACAGCAACAUGAUCUGAUAUAACACAGAUGUCUCCAACUAAAUACUUGAACUCUUUUGUUAAAAUAGAGCUGAGCAAGCUCUAUGAUAAAUGAAGCAUCAUGUUGAGGGUCUA